CAGGAUAAAGCCAGAAAGCCCACCAGGAAGAGAGGACUGCCAACCUGAAACCUGAGCCAGGUAUGACCUCACCUUUACACCACUCAAAGUACAGCCAUAGAAUGUGUUUCAAGUACUUUGUUUUGAGUUGAGAGCAGAUACUAGACAUUACUGUAUGAGCACUGGUAACAAUGCAGAUCAUUCUACUGGACCAGAGAAUUAAAGAUGUUAUAUUAUUACUGCAAUAAUUACGGGAUUUCUCUGAUCACUCGUGAAUUUCUUCCUGCUUUCAGGGUCUGGUCUCAGGCACUGAUGGCAGAGAUGGAAAAUGUGUCGUAUGUACCUUUGAAGCAGCCCAUCGUGUUCACAGUGGAAGGGUUCAUCAUAACCAGGCAGCAGGGGUACCCCCUGUUUGUGGUCUCCCUCAUCGUGUACGCCGUGAUGCUGCUGGGAAACAUCACCGUGGUUACAGUGAUAGCCACGGAUGUCAAACUCCACAAGCCCAUGUACAUGAUGAUGUGCAACCUGGCAGCAUGCGAUCUGCUCGGGGGCACGACAGUCAUGGCCCAGCUGAUGUCACAGUUCCUGACAGGAAACAAGACCAUCGGCUACGUGGCGGCAAUAGUCCAGGUCUUCUGUGUUCACACGUAUGGCUCGGCCGUCGCCACUAUUCUAUCUGCCAUGGCGUAUGACCGCUACAUUGCCAUCUGCCAGCCUUUGCACUACCACACCAUCAUGACCACUACGAGGCUGGUUUUGCUGUGUUUUGUUGCCUGGCUCAUUCCAAUUUGCCAGGUCAUGAUCGUCGUCAUUCUGACCAUUGGAACACCAUUGUGUGGGACGUUAAUCAUGCAUGUCUAUUGCAGCAACCACGCUAUUCUCAGGCUGGCAUGCGUCCCCACCACCAUCAACGGCAUAUACGAAUUUUGUUCGGUUUAUUCCAUACGUACAGGCUGCUUCUUAGUCAUUGCCUUUUCCUAUGUGAAGAUCCUCCAAACAUGUGUCAUCAAACAGGAGAAAAACAGUCGGAGCAAGGCCACACAGACGUGCACCUCCCAUCUCACCAUUUAUAUCCUCUUUGAGAUCUCCUUGGUCAUCAUUAGCGUGACCUACACGUUGCAAGAUACCAGCCCCAACACCAGGAAGUUCUGGUCCAUUUUUACUUUCAUCGUGCCCCCCACAGUCAACCCAAUCAUCUAUGGCAUCGCCAUGAAAGAUAUACGCAAAAAAAUUGUGAACCUUUCCAAAUCCAGUGUCUCCCCGAACUAGUGAACCCAGCGUGUCCUACCCAGUAAUCCAAAGAACAUUUUUUUUUUUAUUUUAAUGUUUAGGUUGAAGAAAGUUGUUAAACUGGGGGGGAACCAUGUCUCUAAAACAUUUUUCCAGAGGAGAAAGUGUUACACAGAUCUUUUUAGCUGUAAAGUUGUGGUUCAGAGGCUGGCAAAAAACAACUAUCGUUGUGCAAAUAUUGCUACAGCAUUGUUAUUCUCCACACCCUUCCACAACUUCACUGCAUUGUAAAAAGUCAAAAUAAAAUUUGGUGCCAGCUGGGCAGAGGACACUU